AUGAGCAACUCCAAUUUUGAUGAACUCCAGGGAGAGCAGUUUGAUGGCCGACACUCCAACUCGAGGAAGACUAAUGACCCCCUCGCAAAUCGGUUGCUUGCUGCUCUCACCGCGGAUGAGGAAAAAUCGGAGUUGAUGCUGACUGUCCUUCAAAAUAUUUUGAAUUCCAAUGAUCUGGCACUUGUAAAAAAGGUCGCAUUGCCCAAGAAGCGUGUGAAUCUCUCCUCGCUGGGGAUGCUUGGAUUUGGCAUUUCAACCAUUCUUCUUCAAUCCCGUAAUGCCGGAAUAUUUGAGCUGGGCUCUGUGAUUCCUGCGAUGGGUCUGGUCAUGGGCGGCGGGAUGCAGCUCUUCGUUGGACUUUUGGAAUACUUUGAUGGAAACGCGUUUUCUGCGAUAUCUUUCCUAAGUUAUGGCGCCUUUUGGCUUUCACUUGUGGGUACAUGGCUUUUGCCACACACCGAAGAGAACGCGCUUGUGGUGAAAACAGAGGGGUCGUUGAUGGGCUUAUAUUCUUUAUUAUGGGGUUUCCACACCGUAUGUAUGGGUUUUGUUGCCUUUUUGAGGUCGCAUCGCGUAAUGCAGUUCCUUUUUACCUCGAUGGCGCUCCUGUUCUUUCUUCUUGCCGCCGGUGACUUUUCUGGGAAGAAGGAGGUGACGCAGGCAGCUGGCUAUGUGGGGAUUGCUUGUGGAUCUAGUGGACUUUACAUUGCUUUUGCGGAGGCCCUUGAGGAGAGUCUUGGGUAUCCUGUUCUCCCCCUCUUUCAUGUAAAGCGAAAUUAA